CUAACAUUGUGCUCAAAUGCUUCACCCCGUCAGCUGAGAAAGUGGUACAGAAAUAAGUGCUAGGAUUUAGUGUCAAAAUGAAGCAAGGAUACUUGAUGACGAUGGUAGUUUUGGCUGUCUCUCUCACCGAAGUAAAAUCAGAAUGUUCUAUCGAAACGGAGGACGGUGACUGCUGCGUAUUUCCAUUUAUCUACAAAGGUGAAACCUAUAACUUUUGCACGUUUAAAGACAGUAUCAAACCAUGGUGUUCGCUGACUUCGAAUUACGACGCAGAUAAAAAAUCUGGUACAUGCAAAUACGAAACUUGCCAAAUUAAAACUACAAAUGACGAAUGCUGCGUGUUCCCAUUCACGUACGGGGGAAAUACUUACCACGCGUGUACAAUGGCUUGGGACUCGAACGCAUGGUGUGGCACGAAAUCGUCUGUCCAAUACUUUAAUAGGGAACCAAGAGGAAACUGCCGAUCGUAUGCGGAACCGUGUUUUAAAAACCCAUGCGAAAACAACGGCGUGUGUCGAAGCGACAAAUCGCAUUUUACCUGUGAUUGCCGAACGGGGUAUAGAGGGAAAACUUGUUCAGAAAAAGUUCUUCCAUGUGAAAGUUCGCCAUGUAAAAACGGAGGAAAGUGUGAAAAUGACGGCGAGGCAUACAAGUGCAACUGCCUAGAAGGAUACAAGGGAACCGAUUGUGGCACGAAAAUAGUGGACCCUUGCAAAAAUUCUCCAUGUCAGAAUGAUGGGAAGUGUUUUAGCGACUACGAAAAAGAAGAGUUUUAUUGCCAGUGUCCAAAGGGAUUUGAAGGAAUCGCUUGCGCAGAGGAAGUUGAUCCAUGCGAUCCAUCGCCUUGUGAAAAUUCUGGACAAUGUUCUGCCGUUGGACAGAAUUUUCAGUGUAAAUGUUCAAGUAACUAUGAAGGAGAUACUUGUCAAUGCAAAGCCGAUCCAUGUAAGAGUAGUCCAUGUGAAAAUGGAGGAGAAUGUUUAAGUAACUUCGAAAACUUCACUUUCUCGUGCAAGUGCUCUGAAGGAUACGAAGGAGUGAAAUGUGAAGAAACAGCGAACCCAUGCGAGUCCGAUCCUUGCAAGAAUAGUGGAAAAUGUGAAAACAAGGGAAACGAUUUUCAGUGUGAAUGCUCAGACCAUUAUGAAGGGGAUACUUGUGAAUCAAUAGUUGAUCCAUGCCGAAACAAUCCAUGUAAGAACGGUGGACAAUGUCUUAGCAACUUGGAAACCUUUACCUUCUCGUGCAAAUGCUCUGAAGGAUACGAAGGGGAGAAAUGCGAAGAAACAGCUAACCCAUGCGAGUCUACUCCUUGUAAAAAUGGUGGAAAAUGUGAAAACAAAGGAAACGAUUUUCAGUGUGAAUGCACUGAGAAUUACGAAGGGGAUACUUGUGAAUCAAUAGUUGAUCCAUGCAAAAGUGAUUCUUGUAAGAACGGAGGACAAUGCUUGAGCAACUUGGAAGAUUUUUCUUUCACGUGCAAAUGUUCUGAAGGUUACAAAGGAGAACAUUGUGAGGAGACAGCAAAUCCGUGCGAGUCUUCGCCUUGUAAAAAUGAUGGAAAAUGUGAAAAUAAGGGAAAUGAUUUUGAGUGUGAAUGUUCAGAGAAUUAUGAAGGGAAUACUUGUGAAUCGAUAGUUGAUCCAUGCCGAAACAAUCCAUGUAAGAACGGAGGACAAUGCUUCAGCAACUUGGAAAAUUUUUCUUUCAAGUGCAAAUGUUCUGAAGGUUACGAAGGAGAACAUUGUGAGGAAACAGCAAAUCCGUGCGAGUCUUCCCCUUGCAAAAAUAGCGCGAAAUGUGAAAAUGAGGGAGAUGGCUUUCAGUGUCAAUGCUCAGAGCAUUAUGAAGGAAAUACUUGUGAAUCAAUAGUUGACCCAUGCCGAAACAAUCCAUGUAAGAACGGUGGACACUGUCUUAGCAACUUGGAAACCUUUACCUUCUCAUGCAAUUGCUCUGAAGGAUACGAAGGGGAGAAAUGCGAAGAAAAAGCUAAUCCAUGCGGAUCUACUCCUUGUAAAAAUGGUGGAAAAUGUGAAAAUAUAGGAAAAGACGUUCAGUGUGAAUGCUCCGAGAAUUAUGAAGGCGAUACUUGUGAAUCGAUAGUUGAUCCAUGCAAAAGUGAUUCUUGUAAGAACGGAGGGCAAUGCUUGAGCAACUUGGAAGAUUUUUCUUUCACAUGCAAAUGUUCUGAAGGUUACAAAGGAGAACAUUGUGAGGAGACAGCAAAUCCGUGCGAGUCUUCGCCUUGUAAAAACGGUGGGAGAUGUAAAAAUAAGGGAAAUGAUUUUCAGUGUAAUUGCACAGAGCAUUAUGAAGGCGAUACUUGCGAGUCAAUAGUUGAUCCGUGCAAGGACAGUCAAUGUGAAAAUGGAGGACAGUGUCUUAGUAACCUGCACGACUUCACGUACUUCUGCAAAUGCCCCACGGAGUACAAAGGAGACACAUGUGAAAAGAAAGUCGAUCCAUGCGAGUCUUCUCCUUGUAAAAAUGGUGGAAAUUGUGUGAAAAAUGGAGUCAAUUUCAAGUGUGAAUGUACAGCACAAUUCGAAGGCGAUACUUGUCAAUCAAUAGUUGAUCCCUGCAGCAGUACUCCGUGUAAGAACGAAGGGAAAUGUUUGAGCGACAUGAAAGACUCCACGUUCCUUUGCAAAUGUUCGAAAGGAUUUGAAGGGGAAACAUGUGAAGUGAAAGUCAAUCCAUGCGACUCUUCUCCCUGUGCAAACGGCGGGAAGUGCGUCGAAUCAGAUGAUGGUUUCAAAUGUGAAUGUACAGAACACUACGAAGGCAAUAAGUGUCAGUUAAAAGUCGAUCCUUGCAAAAGUAGUCCAUGUAAAAACGGUGGAAGAUGUCAAAGUGACUUGGAAAAGUUCACGUUCUCAUGCAAAUGCUCUUACGGAUUCUUUGGAAAAACUUGUGAAAGGCGAGCUACUGGCUCAUGCACAAAUGCAAACUGGGUGACAAGUUUUGACAGAGCUGGAUGGUCAAAAUGUGAUGGCAAAUUUCCUUAUAUUGAUGGCUUUUACCGAAGCAGAUCAGUAUUUCCAUUCAAUGAUUUCAUAUUUCAUCUGGAAAAAGCCGAGUGCUGUGAAGGUUACAAGUAUAUGAAUAGUGAAUGUUUGGUGGUGGAUUGGACCAUAAGUUUUGAUAGAAAAAACACAUGGAACUUGUGUAAAACCGGGUACUAUUUGUCAGGCCUGUCUCGUUCACGAGGACAAAAUUUGCACAAUAUUGAGAAAGCGUGGUGUUGCAAGCCCAGAGGGGCGCCGAAUUCCUACAAGUCCUGCUACAAUGAGAACGUUUGGGCUAAAUUCGACUACAAUAGGCAGGGGAUGGUGUCGUGCUCAAAACCUGGUCAUUAUAUAACUGGUCUAUACAGGUCCACUUGCGACCUCCUGUAUUGUAUCGAGGAAUUCAAAUGCUGCAAACUGUAGAUUUUUGAUUUCAAUAAGUUCUACCACUUGGGAUAUGCGUGCGCAUGCGUGGAGUUUGAAGAAUGAAGAACUGCUUUUAUCAACAUUUUCGUGUUAUUUUAGUAAAACCUUUAACUGGGGUUCAGUGACGUAGCUAUAGUAGCGAUUUGUGUCCGUACCGAUAGGUGAUUAUUUUUCAGAUUCAUAGGAAAUGGAUUUGUGAUAUGUCUAAUCGCAACUUGUUGUUUUAUAAAAAAAUUAAAUAAACACGAAGAGUUAAUCUCGCGCGUGAAGUCAAAUAACACUCGAAUGUAGCCUAAUUACAAUGUAGCCUGGCAGCGUCUUCAAACAACUUCGCGUCAAAUGUGAUAUAACAACUGCCUGAAGAAGACAAAA